AUGAGUCAGCAGCAGCUACAGCAGCAGCAGCUGCAGCAAAUGCAGCAGCAACAGCUGCAGCAGCAGCAACUGCAGCAGCAGCAGCUUCAACAACAGCAACUGCAGCAGCAGCAGCUUCAGCAGCAGCAACUGCAACAGCAGCAAUUGCAACAGCAGCAGCUGCAACAGCAGCAGCUGCAGCAACAACAAAUGCAGCAUCAGCAAGUGCAGCAGCUGCAGCAGUUGCAGCAGCUGCAGCAACAACAACAGCAUCAGCAACAGCAGCAGCAGCACUUUCAUCACCAGCAGCAGUUGCAGCAGCAGCAGCUGCAGCAGCAGCAGCAGCAACAACAACAACAGCAGCAGCAGCGUGCUGCUGCUUCACCGCAGCGGCCCGCAGCAGCGGCGGCUGAUGCAGCAGAAGCAGCAGCAGCAGCAGAAGCAGCAGCAGCAACAGGAACAGCAACAACAUCUGCAAAUGCAGCAGCUGCAGCAGCUGCAGCAGCAGCAGCAGCAAAGAAUCCUAGACUAAUGCUUCCAGCUUCAAUGCAGCCGAAGCAUCUGUGGCCAAGUGCAGCAAAAGUGCUGCAGUACUGCCAGAAAGAGCGGAAGCUUGCUGCUGCUGCUGCUGCUGCUGCUGCUGCUGCUGCUGCAGGGACACCUAUAAGUGAAGCAGCAGCAGCAGCAGCAACGGAAUUGGAAGUAGUGCUGCUUAUUGGAGCAGCACAUAUUAUUGCUUGCUGCAAGGAGACAGACGUCAAGAGACACGAAGCGUAUGCUUCUGCUGCUGCAGAGACCAGCAGCAAACAGCAAGCUACUGCUGCUGCUGUUGCUGAUAUCUGGGGGCUGCUGCGCUUCUUCGUCGGCCCCUCCAGAGACAGAUUCAAAACUGAACAGCAGCAGCAGCAGCAGUAG